AGCGUGUCCGCAUGGUUGGAUUGAUAUUGAUUCUAAAUGCUACAAGUUUUUCGCUAACUCUGUGAAGUAUGAGGUCGCUCGCCUGUCAUGCCAACACCUUGGUGGAGACUUGCCUAUAAUAUCCACUUUGACCGAAAACAAUCGCUUGGCAUUUGAAGCAAAAAAACGAGGAUUGCAUGAAUUCUGGCUUGGAUAUUUUAGGUACGUAGCCUACAGUAUGUGGUUCCUCACUAAACAAUUUCUGGAGAAAUUACCAAUAUUGAUUCUGCAAUGAGAUCUGUAGCUCGCUUCACAAGAAAUAUAAAAUAUUGAAAUUUGAAUUCAAUCCGUCUUAUUGUCUAUAGUUUAGUCCGGGAAAUCUGUCCUUUAAAAAUUUCAUUUCUCAGUUUAAAAUACGCUAAAUAUCACUUAUCUCGUGUGCUUUUAUCUUCAUGGUAAAAAGUUUGUUCGAUCAUGUAAAAAGCCCGCAAAGUAACCUAAGAUUCUGUGUACACAAGGACCAGAGGAUUGGUUAGCUUCGAAACUGGAAAAACGUUAGGGAGCCAGGAGACUGGGAAACCUUAGGGGGGCAGCGACUGAGGCUGGAAUAACCUUAGGGAGCCUGACGCUGGAAAAACCUUGGGGAGCCAGCAACAGGCUGCCUUUAAUAAAUGUUAAAAUCUAUAUAUAUUUUCUGAAACGGCAUUUCCUGCGUUCUGAGUCUGAUAUGCAAACUUAUAAUCAUAUCAAGCGACAAAAAUCUUACACCUUCACUUAGUUAUCCCGUUCUAACGUUUUUUUUGGCUGGCUUAGCUCUCACACGUCUACUAACUUUUGGUGGGCCGUAGUUACUCUAGCCCCUUUCCAGAUUCCAUGCACUCCUUAUGCUGUAACACAAAUCCAUAACAUAUAGUGGGUGGAAUAACACAACACUGGUUUCACUUCUUAUACAGAUCAGUUGUGUUAUUAAGUAACGUUCUUGUGGUAGGAAUAGCAAAUCGUUAUCAGUAGCUGAAAAAGUUUUAACCUGUUAGGCCAUGGACCGUUGUGCGAAAAAGUGCCUAUAGAAAAGCAAUUUUGUGACAAACCCUGGGAUAGAUUUUCUGCAGUGAUUCAAUGUAUAGUACCAUAGAUGCUCAUUACCAAAAAAAGCCAAGUGCCCAAUACCGAGAAAAUGGAUGAUCAGUGUUGGGUGAUCCUUAUUAAAUUGUACUACAGCAAGAAAAUGUGAAAUUUUGUAUUCAAUUACAACAAAAAUAACUUGCAUCAUCAGAAAGCUUACAAAAAACCUACACCUAAGACAUUUUAACAGUUUUUUUAUGUUUUAAAUUGUUUUCGAAUUAUACGCAGUCAAAAACGCGUUUUUGACUCCUCCACUUAAUAGUUUUCACAUUUAAAACAGCCUCAAAGACUAUUUGAGAAUGAAAAACUGUUUAAAUGUCUUAUAUGCGAUUUUUUGUAUGUUUCCGAUGAUGCAAGUUAUUUUUAUUGUAAAUGAAUACAAAAUUUCACAUUUUUUUGGUGCAAUACAAGUUAAUAGAGGAUUAUCAUUGAUCACACAUUUUCUUGGUAUUGGGCAAGUUUUUUGCUUGGGAACUUUUUUGGUAGUAACGUGCCUAUAUGCCUUUCAAAUACACCACUAACCGGUCAAGUACUUCCAAUAUGGGUGCCACGAAGCGAAAUAAUUUUGGCCCACGGCCUAAUAGUCCGCAGUGCUACGCCUUUUGUAAUUUGCUUCAUAGCCUACAAUAUAUCAGCAUCUUCGAUCUUUUAUGGUUUUUCACUUUGGUGACGUCCACAUCGACAAAAUGCAGCGUAUUAGAUCUCUUCUAUGAGUGUCUGUGGUUUCACUCAUAAUUUGAAUAUUCAUGCAUGCAUUUGAUAUUUGUUACUAUAGACCGCGCUAUCAGCAUACAAACUUUCAUACUGUUGCUGGAAGAUCAGCGACGUAUCUAAACUGGGCGGCCGGUCAGCCAAACGAUGUCGGCGGAUCACAAGACUGCGUAUAUAUGUAUACUUCAAAUGACAAGUUGGGAAAAUGGAAUGACGAAGGAUGCGUUUGGCCACAUCAUUACAUUUGUGAAUCCAAGUAUCAUCGAUGUAAGUCAAAUAUCUGUUUUAACCAGCAUGAGCUCCACCUUUGAAUUUACUAUAUGAGUAAAUUCUUAAACACGUCCGAAUUUAUCAUUAGGAUAAAUUCGGGUCAAAUUUUGAAUUUAUCAUAAUAAUAAAUUCGCGGCACCUAACACUAACCCUAACCCCAACCCUAACCACUAACCCCUAACCCCUAACCACUAACCACUAACCCUAACUUUUUUAACUUUUUUUAACUUUUUAAAAAUCUAACUUUUUAAACUUUUCUUCAAAACUCUUUUAAAACUUUUUUAACCUUUUUUAGGGCUAUUUUUUUAGAAAACUUGAAAAACACCCCGCCCCCGCGCGACCAGCGUCCCUUUUGGUGCCAUUACAUUUAUAACAAGAAAUCUUGUGUAAUGCUCGUGGUUUUAUGAUUAACUCUAUUGAUAAAUUCGAAAUGUGCCGCGAAUUUAUCAUAAUGAUAAAUUCGGACGUGUUUAAGAAUUUACUCAUAUAGUAAAUUCAAAGGUGGAGCUCAUGUUGGUUUUAACAAGGAUUAUUGCAAUUAGCAUAUUAUUAUAUACUCGCGAGAUCAAUAGCGCUUUUCGAGCCAUUUGAUUGGUACGUUGCUCAGGUUCUGAUAUCCUUCUUCUAUUCACCUCUGGACCAAACUAUAUGGCUUCCCGUUUCGUUCCGGUUACCGAUAAGCAAAUGUUUGUACUAAACAAAGCUGCGGUUUUGCCAGACAUGAAGAAAGUCACAAAGUUUUGUUUAUAAUUAAAAGUGUGCAGAUGUUAUUGUAUUCUUUAAAGCUAUUUCGGUGCUACUUCUAAUGAACAGAAUUACUAGAAUUACAUGCAUGCAGAAUCCCUUCGCCUUGCUGGCAAAACCACUAUAUUUUCCGAAAAUGAAAUAUUUCAAGUAUUUGUCAUGGUAACACGAUUAUUUUAUUAAGUAUAUUUUUAAAAUUGAAAAACCUUCUAAAAAAUCGGUAGCUUUUAAUUACAAAAUUAUCAAUUUCCCCAAAAAGGUAAAUGUCAAGAUUUUGUUGGCAUCUCACUCGUUUGAAUAAUAGUUGAAGGGUAUUGUAGAUGGAAAAUGUUAUUUCCUGCGGUUCGCAGACUGAUAGCAGAAAAUUGAUGUUUCCACGGUUCAUCAAACACGUGACUGCCAUGGUUAUUGGCUGGGCGCCAAAGUGGUCACAUGAUUUGGGCAGCUCAUUCUAGUCUGGCACUGCAUCAACACACACACAAUUUUUUACAAACAGUAUUUCACCAGCAAAAUUUGCCAAAGAUUUAGGUUCUUGGGAAUGCUUACAUAGGUUGUAAGCAGAUUAUUUAGAGUUUAAUGUUGUUAGCUAAUGCUUGCACGUUGGCCAAUCUUACACCCUCGAGAUUGUUAUUUAGAGCCUGAAUCUGCAUUCGGGAGGGUCCAGGUUUCCCCACAGGGGUUUUUCCUGACGGGAAGCAGGGUCACUUAGUAGUAUUCGUAACGUUUGGCGAUUAGAUAGCCGAGAACAUUGCACAGGGAUGUGUUGUAUUAAACAGGAGAAAAAAGGAAAUAAAGUUAAGGUGGGCGGCGAGCAUUCUUCUAGUCUAGUCGGGUGCAGCAGGCAGCAACCUUAUUAGAAACGUUUAAAUUGUUGUGUUAUUUCUUUGGGUUGGGGGAAAUAGGGUAAACAUAUCGUGUGGAAAUUAGUAUACAUUUAUUGAACCUGACCUAGAACAGCUGCGAAAAAUCCAACUUUAGGUCCCUGACAGAUUUCUUGCUGUUUUAAUUUUUUUUCUUUCCUUUUGUUUGAAAUAAUGGAGUAAUGAAAAUCUCAAAGAGCUUUUAAAAUUUGCAAAAUCUUGUAAAAAAGAAAUAUAUUUGGAAGGAAUGUUUGUUAUUUCACUGUCGUCAUUAUGCAGUCGUUAUACUUAUAAAGCAAUUUAGAUUUGGCCAAUCAGUGUUCGCUAUUCAUUAUAGUCCGCCAUAAUUUUGAGAUCAGUGAGGAUGACCACCCACGCACGGUGAAUGGCGAACCCGCAUAGCCAUGCGCCCAUGAUUAUUUAUGAACUUUAGACCUCGCUAAUGCUUUCGUUUCCCCAGGGGUAAAUAGCCAUCUGGAAUUAGUACCCUCGCCCUGGGUUUCGCCAGAAACGGCGCCCCGCCCCUUUGGCUCGGGGACUAAAAGCUGAUAAAUUCUCAUUUGUUUAAAUUAGCAACUAUUAUGAGAUGCUGUUAAAAACAUUCUUCUUGCUUUUUUUGACAUUUUUGUUGUGUUAUGGAAUAUCCAAAAACAAUUAUUCACCUCAAUGUCGGUGAAUAGUGCAAGAAUAUUUACCUAAGUGCUUUGCGUUUCGGCGAAUAUACCCUUGCAUUGUUUACCGUGUCAAAUGCAUGUGUUGUGCUAUUAUAUUGUAUUUUAAUGACAUGUUCAACAACAUUUAGUAAUUAUGAAGCUUUGGAUCAGUGGCGAAGCCAGCCCGACCAUUUGGUCAUGCUAUGCAAAUAUUUCCGUGAUCAUAGACCAUGAAAACAAUGAAUUUCUAAAGAAAUGAAUAAUGAUAAUGAUUUCAUAUUUGCAUAGCAUAACCAAAUAGUCGGGCUUGCUUCGCCACUGCUUUGGAUUAAUUGCUGAUAUAUAUUGAGAAGAACCUUAAUCUUGCAGAUACAAGUAAUCUUGUAUUUUAAUAAUAUUUGUUCUUUUUUCAGGUAAUUGACCGAACUCCUGCAUGGUGGAUUCUGUUGGUGAAUCUAAACAUUUUGAUUUAUGUCAUACAGUAUAAUAAACAAUGAUUGGUGUAGUUCUAGUAUUUGGCCACAUUAAUAAAUAAAAAUGACAAAAUUCAUG